CGGAGAAUCGGGCAACCUAGCUGGACGAAUUUAACAUCAGCCCGUGGCAACACUGAUUGUGAUAGUUUACUUUUAAAGAAUACAAAAUGUUUGGGUUUGGUUUUCUGGAAAUGCCUUGGCCAUUUAAUACCCAAUACAGGUGUUAUUCAGUCUCCAUGUUGCCUGGUCAAGAACGUCAAGAUGUUGAAAAAGGAGGAAAAAUUAUAAUGCCACCCUCUGCCCUGGAUCAGUUGACAAGGCUUAAUAUCGUGUACCCAAUGUUGUUUAAAUUGACAAACCCUAGAGAGGGACGUAUUACUCAUUGUGGAGUAUUAGAAUUUGUUGCAGAUGAAGGUAAAAUAUACCUACCUUACUGGAUGAUGCAGAACCUUCUUUUAGAUGAAGGUGAUUUGCUUAACAUUGAAAGUGCAUCAUUACCUGUUGCAACCUUCUCCAAGUUUCAACCACAGUCUGAAGACUUUUUGGAUAUCAGCAAUCCCAAAGCUGUUUUAGAAAAUGCUUUGCGAAACUUUGCAUGCCUUACUAGUGGGGAUGUUGUUGCCAUUACUUACAAUGAAAAGGUUUAUGAGCUACGGGUCCUCGAGACUAAGCCGGGAAAAGCUGUUUCAAUCAUCGAAUGUGAUAUGAAUGUAGAGUUCGCUCCGCCUGUGGGAUACUCUGAACCUAAAAAAAUUGUGAAAAAAAUCAAGAAGAACACAUGGAUACAAUUGAACCAAUAACUUACGAGCCAGAAGAUCAAGGAUUUAUAGCCUUUGCUGGACAAGGAAUCAGGUUGGACGGAAAAGUAAGAAAAGUCAAAGACGAUGAGCCCCCUGUCAUUAAAGCUAGUUAUAAACGAGGAGUACCUGACUAUGAUUACCAUUUCGGGACAUGAACUGUAUAAAAGAUUAAAGGAAUACCUAAA